CGGCAUUGUUGUUUGUCCCUCUUAAAUGCUGUGAGACUGAGACAGUGGAGCUGAAUCCCCACCCAGCAUUGCUUCCUUCUCCUUCACAAACAUUGAUUUCACCGCACAUUCAUCAUUCAUGCAUUCAACUCUUCAUCAUUCAUUCAAUCUUCUCUGCAACUUGGACUAGUUUCAAGAUAAACAUGAUAUGAGUCAUUUUCUGUCUUCUUUGGGGUUGAACUGCAAAAGCAAAAACACCACAACAACCAUUCCCAUUUUCAUGCAGAGUCAUUAUUCCCAACUCACCCUAUAAAUCCCUUUAAUUACAAACCCUAAUUAUACCAAUUUACUCCAAACCACAACUAAAUUUUCCCCAUGCAUUCAUUCUUUUUGAGACCCUGAUUUUCUUUUUCCUUUUUUCUUCUUGGUGAAUUAGUAAAGUUAACACCUUUGAACCCCAUUCAUACUCUUCUCAUUACAAAAAGAGAGAUCUUAGCAUUUUAAUCAAUUGGGGUUUCAUUGUUUCAAGAACAAUCAAAAUCAAUUCUGGGUCUAAAGGUAGUGGCUUUUGAGCAAAAGGCCAAAAGGGUACCUGGGAACCACCCCAAUUUGUUGAAUUUCGCUCUCAAACAAUGGGGGUAAGAAAUGGGAUGUUGUAUCAUAUUCUGGGGUUGUUAUCGGUUUUGGCUUUCGUUUACAUGUCAUUUGGAGGGUUGAGGUUCAGGUUUGAGGAAGGGUCAGAAGUGGCUUUUGUGCAGAGAAACGGGACGCAGUUUGUGGUGGAUGGGAAGGCUUUCUACGUAAACGGGUGGAAUUCUUAUUGGUUGAUGUUCCAGUCGGUGGAUGUUGAUUCCAGACACAGGGUUCGUGAAAUGCUGAAAACUGGUGCUAAGAUGGGUCUCACUGUUUGUCGAACUUGGGGGUUCAAUGAUGGUGGUUAUCAUGCCCUUCAAACUUCCCCUGGUCGCUUUGAUGAACAAGCUUUCAAGCAGGCCUUGGAUUAUGUCAUAGCAGAAGCAGGGCAACAAGGAAUUAGGCUACUCCUUAGCUUAGUAAAUAACUUGGAAGGAUUAGGUGGGAAGCCUCAGUAUGUCAAAUGGGCAUGGCAAGAUGGGGUAGGGUUAAGCUCGUCUGAUGAUUCUUUCUUCUUUGAUCCAUCAAUCCGUAGUUAUUUCAAGAAUUACAUCAAGACUAUCUUGACAAGGAAAAAUACUAUCACUGGAAUUGAAUAUAGAAACGACCCCACCGUUUUUGGUUGGGAAUUGAUUAAUGAACCUCGGUGCAUGUCUGAUCCUUCUGGUGACACUCUACAAGAGUGGAUAGAAGAAAUGUCAGCUUUUGUCAAAUUGAUUGACAAGAACCAUCUGGUGACUGUUGGGCUUGAAGGUUUCUAUGGUCCUCAUGACCCGAAAAGUUCGACUGUCAACCCUGGAUAUUGGGCAUCCCAAGUUGGGUCUGAUUUUAUUCGGAAUUCCAAAAUCUCAAAUAUUGAUUUCACCUCUGUUCAUAUCUAUGGUGACCAAUGGUCUUACAAGCAAGAAUUUGAAGAUCAACUGAAAUUUGUCUCCAAGUGGAUGCUUUCCCACAUUGAAGAUGGUGAUGAAGUAUUGCAUAAACCUGUCUUGUUCUCUGAAUAUGGAUUGUCACAAAGAAUCCAGAACUUUUCCGCGUCUGACCGAGAGAAGAUACACAAAACUAUUCUAGACAUAAUUUACAAAUCUGCCAAAAGAAACAAAUCUGGAGCAGGUACUCUGAUUUGGCAAUUCUUGGUUGAUGGAAUCAAUGAGUUUUCUGAUGAAUAUGGGAUUGUGCCAGGGGGAAAUUCAUCAACUUAUUCACUGUUAGUUGAACAGUCAUGCAGAUUGGCCAAAGUUAAGGGAUGGCCACAACAGGAUGUAAAAUUCAAACAAGUUUGUUAACAAGGCAAUAGAAAACAAAUAUUAUAAUAUAAUAGAAAUUUAGAUAAAAGAUGAUUCCUUGGUUUAUGGAGUUACACCAUGGGUUUUUGUACAAUGUUGCAGUGAAAUAAUUACUUUAAAGUUGAGUACA